CUUUAAGGCGCUCCGUGGAUCUGCGCUCUGAGCGGACGCGCCUUCCCACCUCUCCUAUCCAAUAUUCCUGCAUAAUAUUUAGCCAAAAGUAGUUUUAGCAUUUCCUUUAUAGUCAAAUUCCAUCAGUGUGUCUUCACCCAGCCAUCGCUUUGCACGGCUUACGUGCGAGCACCUUUUUUGAAAGGGCCAUGGCGCAAAACGGAGUUCGUUUACUGGCUCUUCUGCUUUGCUCGGCCUGGACAGGAUUACUUGCUCAAUCACCGAAGAGCAGACACCCGUUUAAUGAAUGUCCCGUGGACCUGUUCUUUGUACUGGACACAUCUGAGAGUGUUGCCCUCAGAGCCAAACCUGCAGGAAAUUACGUAGAGCAGAUCAAGGCCUUCACCAACCGCUUCAUCGAUAACCUGAAGGAGAUGCGCAAGCCAUGUGACCGAUUUGUGACCUGGAACACUGGAGCUUUGCACUACAGUGAUGAAGUGAAGCUGGUUAGCAGCCUAGUGGAGGUGAACACGUAUCGUGAGCAGCUUAAAAAACAGAUAUCGGAUAUCUCGUACAUUGGCAAGGGAACGUACACCGACUGUGCCAUUAAGGAUGGUAUCGCUGAGCUGCUCAGAGGAGGCUCUUACUAUAAUGUGAAUAAGUACAUGGUGGUUGUGACGGAUGGACACCCUGUCAGUGGGUAUAAAGAACCUUGCGGUGGAAUACAGGAUGCAGCAAACGAGGCCAGGCAGCAUGGCAUCAAAGUGUUCGCCGUUGCCAUCACCCCUGAUCAGGAGGACACCAGAUUGUCUGUUAUUGCCACAGACAUGAGAUACAGACAGAACUUCACUGCUGCUGACAAACAGCGCUCCAACCAGGAGGGCACAAUCCUCACCAUCAUCGACAUCAUUAGUAAUGAAACAACAGAUGUGUGCUGCUCCUACGAUUGCAGUGCUCCCGCUGGACCUGUUGGCCCUGAUGGAGAACAAGGUCUAAAAGGAGAGCCAGGUAGACCAGGACUGCCGGGAGAGAAAGGUGACGUAGGACCUGAUGGAAAAGAUGGUGAUCCCGGUCCAGUUGGUUAUCAAGGCAUGAAGGGAGACCAAGGAGAACGAGGAGAAAAGGGAGAGAGGGGCCACAAAGGGUUCAAGGGAGACAAAGGACAUUCUGGGAAAGGUGGUAUUGAUGGGCGUAAGGGUGAGCCAGGGUUCACUGGACUUCCAGGCUGCAAAGGGUCGCCUGGGCCGGAUGGUUUUCAAGGAGAGUCAGGACCAAAAGGAGACCCAGGUUCUUAUGGGAGAAAAGGAGCUAAAGGUGAUCCUGGCAAAGAUGGUGAUGCAGGGAGACCUGGUAAUUAUGGAUCACCUGGACCUAAGGGGGAUGGAGGACCAAGAGGAGCUAAUGGGGACAAAGGAGAAAGAGGGGAUGAGGGACCAGCAGGACAAGAUGGCCCAAGAGGCGAAAGAGGUACAGCAGGUGAGAAAGGAGAACAAGGUACUCGUGGAAACAGAGGGCCCAGAGGAGAUGCUGGUGAACCCGGUCCUCGGGGUGAUCAAGGACGUGAAGGAUCAUCUGGACCUAAUGGUGAACCUGGUGAACCUGGAAAAGUUGGGCCGCCCGGCUAUCGUGGCGAUGAGGGUCCCACAGGAUCUGAGGGUCCUAAAGGACCAAGAGGAAUCAAAGGAGCCCCAGGAGACAGAGGGCUGAUGGGAGAGAGGGGACCAGACGGACCACUGGGAAAUGGAACUCAGGGUUGCCAUGGUUUCCAGGGCUAUCCUGGUUCUAGAGGAGAUGCUGGAGAACCUGGAAGCAGAGGAACUCCAGGCCCCAAAGGAGAUGACGGUGAACCUGGUGACCCUGGCUCAGAUAACAACCAACCAGGACAGUCUGGGCCAAAAGGAGCAAAGGGCCACAGAGGACCUGAAGGAUUACCUGGACCACCAGGACCACCGGGACCAGCUGGAGUUGAUGACUGUGAAAUUCUAGAUAUCAUCAUGAAGAUGUGCUCUUGUUGUGAGUGCAAAUGUGGACCACUGGACAUUGUAUUUAUCUUGGAUAGCUCUGAAAGUAUUGGUGAAGACAACUUUGUCAUUUCUAAGCUCUUCAUUACAGCUGUCAUUGACAGACUGGUCGGGGAUCAGCAAGUCAGAUUUGGUGGGAAUGAGUCCCGUGUCGGUGUGGUGCAGUACAGUGGAAAAAAUGCUCAAGAGGCUGUGGUUCUCGGUGACCCCAACAUAAAGACCCUGACAGACCUCAAACAAGCUGUUAAAAACUUCCGCUGGCUGGCUGAAGCCACCUACACUGGAGAAGCUCUCAAGUUUUCACUGGACAACAUGAUCAGCCGGCUAAUUACAGAAAAGACUGUAGUUUUGGUACUGACUGAUGGCCGUUCAGAUGUUACAAGAGACAAAGUGCCUUUGGAAACACUGUGUGACAAAGGGCUGAAGGUUGGUGGUAUAGGUGUUGUAGACUAUUCAGGUAGACCGCCCAAUCCCGACAGGGUAAAAGAUACGUCCUGUCUGAAUGAUGAGAAAACACCAGGCUUCUCAUUUGUUCUUAACAACUUUGCCAUGCUCCUUACUGAUGGCUUCCUUAAGAAUCUGACAGACAGUAUAUGUAAAGACAAGAAGUGUCCUACAUAUACAUGUCCAAUUUCCUUCAAUCAGUCUACAGAUGUCAUUAUUAUGAUGGACAGCUCAGCUAGUGUGGGAUCCAAGAACUUUAAGAUGACCCAAGACUUUACAAAGAAGCUGGUCAGGCGCUUCCUGUCUGCAGAAAGGGCGGGGCCGGCCACAGCGGUUCGUGUUGCAGUUGGCCAGUACAGUACCAACGCUAACAUAGAAGCUCCCUUCUCCAACAAUGCCACAGCGAUUGCUGCUCUGAUCGCAAAUGCCACGUUUCAGGACAGUAACACGCAGGUGAUGAGCGCGCUUGAUUUCGCCAUAAAUCAAUUCAAGGACAGUGGAAGGAGAAAAAAGAAGCUGCUGGUGUUUUCAGACGGGCGCUCGCAAGGGAUCACCAGCAAACAGAUAGAAGAUGUAGUUAAUAAGGUGAACAACGCAGGCAUUGAGCUUUAUAUUUUGGCUGUUGGGAAUCAAGUGAAUGAAGUCAAUCUGAUUAACCUGGUGCGUCGGGGGCAACCGUACCGUAAUCUCUUUAAGGUUGCUGAUUACCACACUUUGCUCAGGGGUGUCUUUUACCAAACUGUGUCUCGAAAGAUUUCACUGAUGUAAGGGGACAGGGCAUGUCAUGUUAAAACACUAGCUGAUUGGGAUGGGAAAGGGAAAUUAAGAAGUGCCUUAAAAUGCAAAGGGUGGGGCAAUAUAGCACCAGCUUUAACUUAGUUUUUCUCAUAAAAUAUGAUCCAUAUUUCAUUUUACAUCCUGUACGGAGAGAGAAUAUUCUGUAUAGACACUGAUUAUUUUUGACACUUGUAUGUCUUUGGAAGGUAAAGAUGUUUGCAGAUGUAUUUUACACCCAUAUUUCAAUAUGUUUUGGUGCUUUGAUCAACCGAACAGAAGGUCUAUUCAUGUACAUUGGAAAUUAUUUUGUUUAGUUUGCUAUAGCACAAAAUAUUCCUGUUCAUCUUUACAUGUGCUAUUUUUUACAUCAUCUUUAAACAUGUUGAAAAAUAAUGUACAUGUUCACAUUAUCUGCAUGAAGUGUGAAUUCGUAUUUUGCCCUGUAUAUCAUGUUUUGAAUUCCAUAAUUCCAUUAAACAUCACUUGAAAAGAAAUUUGGUGCUAACAGUGUACACUCAGGUUUCACUGAAUUCCAUUUCAAUUUGUAGGCAAAGUAUUUCAAAAAUUUUUAACCUAAACAUGUUUACCAUUAGAAUUAUGUCAAAUUGUGUAUUUUUACAAAUGAAUUUGGAGCUAAUUACAGGGGUGCUGUAGAUAAGUUUUCAAUAAAAACAUGCUUCAUCCCACCA